UCUGUCUCUCUCAUCCUCUAUAUAAAGGUCCCACUCUUCGAUAUUCAUUUCCAGAUUCUUCAUUACUGGUUUCAUGUUCUCUCUCUGGCUGUUUGUCUCAGCGAAGAAUCUUCUCACCUACGCUCCUCUACCGAUUUCAGGAUGAAGAAAAACGAUUCAUCACAAUCUGGUGACAGGAGUGGCAUUACGAAAUCAUCGAUAGACUAUUAUGCACCGAAUUACACACAGAAUCGCUAUUCAGAUGAUAAAUCAUCAUUAUCAAGUGGUAGUACAAAGUUUCCGUCAGAAUCAUCGAUCUCUAACUCAGGUUAUCGCCCUCCUCCAUCUUCUUCUUAUAAUAAAGAACACAUCAUCCAAGAUUCGUCGCAUAUUUCAAGUCAAGGAAAUGCUGCUCUACGAUUGGUUAACAAGGAUCUGAAAACUCGGUUAAAUCUAUCAACUGAGGUUUCUGUUCACCAUCAGAAGAAUCACCGCUCUGCUUACAUUUCUUCUGGAUUUCCAAAUUUCUCGAUCAUCAAUGGUUUUUGUACACUCAGCAUUGAAGAUAAUGGAGGCAAUAUUACUGAGAAUAUCAACCGAGUUGCACCGAUUUAUACACAGGAUUAUUAUUCAGCAGCAUCACCAAAUCAUAAAUCAUCAUCAUCAAGUGACAGCACAAGAUUUAGUUCUCAAAAUUCUUCAAAAUUACCGUCAGAAUCAUCAAUUUGUGACUCAGUAUAUCGUACUUCAUCUUCUUCUUCAUCGAAUGAAGAACACGUUAUCCAAGAUUCGUCACAACAAGUUGAUAUUUUAAGUCAAGAAAAUGGUGCUCUUCUAUUGGUUAGCACAGAUCUGAAAAAUCAAUUGAAUCUACCGACUGAAGUUUCUGUUAAUCAUCAGAAUAAUCACCGCCGAUAUGGAUUUCCAUCUCUUUCCAUCAUCCACGAUUUUUUUCGAACUAUCAGCAUUGGAGAUAAUGGAGGCAGUACUGAUGGGCAUACUAUCACGAAGAAUGACAACCGAUUUGUACCGAGUCGUGAAGCUCGAGUUACGAGUCCAACCAGUGUAUUGGGACAUAAUAACAAGGGGUUUGAUGAGAAACCAGUUCAAGUUCAAACAGAUAGAGACAUAGAGUUUCUUUGCCAAGGAACAUCUCUAUUCCUUCAUGUGCUUAGUUGAAGAUGACUAAUCCUCCUGCUUGUGCCAAUUCAAUUGCUUCUUCUACUAGUAAAACCACUAACCGACUCAGUACACUAUUCUUUCCCGGAGCUGCGGUGAGAAGAAGAGGGAAUCCUGUGCAGGUUAUAAGGUUGGGCCAUGGGUCCACUGGGCUUGCUAUUAUAAACCCUGAAAAUAUUUUCCUAGGAAUGAUUUUUUGGGGACCAUAAUUUUUUUUUGGGGACCAUGAUUUUAUUUUGGGUAAAGACAUUAGAAGUAAA